AUGCCCAACCCAUCCAAAACAGGGUCGAUCAGACACCAAGUCUCCAGAUGCUCAGCCUGGCCGGGCCAAACCCCGAUCCCGCAUACGCCGUGCGAUGCACGCGCGCAGUCUUCCCACAGCAAGCCUGGUCCUUUCGAAAAAUGGCUCUGCUCCUGCUGCCGGCUCUGCCGCAGCAGGGCCGGCCAGGGCCGCAAGCACCACCCACCCCAACGCUGCGAUCGUCAACCGCCUGACCGGUUCUUCGUCUCGAGACCCUGGCAAUUGACGGCUUCCGAGGCUCGCAAAGUCAAAGGGUCGCUGCCGCGUCGCCCGGGGCUACGACGCAUCUGGACGGUACCAUCAGGACGCUUUUGCGCUACCGGGGACGAAGACGAAGAGCUUGCGACGCCCUUCGCCAUGCCUAGACCUGUGCAGCACUUGCUGGCAGUCGCUGACCCAAGAAUGCAAUUUGCCAUGUCGAGAGUCGAGGGCUUUUUAUCUGCCCGCUAA